AACUGCCCUUAACCCCAAGCUGGUCUUCUCCUUGUGCCACAAUUUAAUACUCCUAAGUCCUUCCCCAUGAAAUGAAGAGCGUCCCUUGAAAAUUGAAAAAAUAUUGAAUCUUUCUCUUUCUUUUCUUAUUUAUUCAAUUCCUUCCACCUUUGCUUGGAAUCAACAUUACAUGAACAUAUAGUGGUACAUAGGAGACAGCUGAGAUUAUGUGUAUGAAUGAUCACAUUUACACACACUGCUACUCUUUCAAUUUCUCUCUCUUUUUACUUUCUCUCUUUCAAUCUUACAUGCACAAAGUGGUGACCCCCUGCAAUUUGCUUGCAGAGACUGGUCACUGAUCAGAUAAGUUUCAAGUUUUUUUUUUUGUGAUCAAAAUUCUUUUUUUUUUUUUGGGGUUGGCGAAGUCGACAUGCAAGAGCAAGAUUUCUAGGCUGGUUGAUGGUUUGAGUUCCAAAGGUGUUGUCUUUUUGGUGAAUUGGAUUCUGGGUGUGGAGGUUGUUGAAGAGUGGACAGAGAACAGAUGAAGAACGAGGAGCAGGCUCGUAGUUUGUUUGGAAUUUCACUCUCUGACCGACCAAGAUGGCAGCAAUUCCUUAUUUGUUCAUCGGGCUUCUUCUUUGGAUAUCUUGUUAACGGCAUCUGUGAGGAAUAUGUGUAUAAUAGGCUCCAUUUUAGCUAUGGUUGGUAUUUCACAUUUGUUCAAGGGUUUGUGUACCUGUGUCUGAUUUACCUUCAAGGCUUCACAAGCAAGCAAAUGGUGAAUCCAUGGAAAACUUAUGUGAAGCUCUCAGCUGUGCUUAUGGGUUCUCAUGGCCUAACAAAGGGUUCCUUAGCUUUUCUUAACUAUCCUGCACAAAUCAUGUUCAAAUCCACAAAGGUUCUGCCAGUGAUGAUUAUGGGUGCCUUCAUUCCUGGUCUGAGAAGGAAAUAUCCAUUACAUGAAUAUGUAUCUGCAAUACUUCUUGUAGUUGGCUUGAUCCUGUUCACUCUAGCAGAUGCACAGACAUCACCAAAUUUCAGUGUCAUUGGUGUUGUUAUGAUUUCUGGAGCAUUGGUCAUGGACUCUUUCCUGGGAAAUCUUCAGGAAGCAAUAUUCACUAUGAACCCUGAGACCACACAGAUGGAGAUGCUCUUUUGUUCAACAGUAGUGGGUUUGCCUUUCUUAAUCCCACCCAUGCUUUUCACAGGAGAAUUAUUCAAAGCAUGGACUUCAUGUUCACAGCAUCCCUAUGUGUAUGGAGUUUUGAUCUUUGAAGCAAUGGCCACAUUUAUAGGUCAAGUAUCUGUCCUCUCCCUCAUUGCCAUCUUUGGUGCUGCCACCACAGCCAUGAUAACAACAGCAAGAAAGGCAGUGACAUUGCUACUGUCAUACUUGAUAUUCACAAAACCAUUAACAGAACAACAUGGGAGUGGACUUUUACUCAUAGCUAUGGGAAUCACACUGAAGAUGUUGCCUGAUAGCAAAUUCAGCAGCAACAAGAGGGACUUAAAUUCUUCUCCAAGGGAUCUCAGAGCAAAAUCCAGUGGUGAUCAAGAGUUGGGGAAUCUGCCAAAUUCUGAAGGGGAAAAUGAUGAAAGGAGGCCCUUGGUCUAGCUUAAUAUGUGUUCUAAAUGAAACCAAAUUUUAUUUUUUGUAAGUCAUAUUAUUUUUAAAUUCACAAUUUCUUUGUUAUUUUCAUGUCAUGUGAAAGGAAAAAGAAAAUAAUUUGAUGUUCAAAUUAGUAUUUUAUAUUAUUUUUUUAAUGGAAAGUCUCAGAUUUUAUUGCUUUAC